AUGGCCACCGUCAUCUCGAAGCCGUCGCCUUUGACGACCAACCCGCUGCUUGUCGGCUACCUCUCGGCGCUUGCCGCCAACCCUCUUCGCACAAAGAUGAUCACUUCGGGUGUCCUAUCUGCCCUCGCGGAAGUGCUUGCCGGUCACUUUGCCGGUGUUGCCCCUACCAACACCAAGACCCCCUCCUCGCUCGACGAAAAGAAGCGUCAAGCCCAGCAGAACCCUGUUGGUCUUCUCCAAGCCUAUGCUACCAAGCUCGGCAUCAACGAGCGUGCACUCAAGAUGUUCGUCUACGGCUUCUUCGUCUCGGCUCCCAUGGGUCACAUUCUCACUGGCCUCCUCCAGAAGGCCUUUGUCGGCCGCACCACCACCCGUGACAAGAUCUUACAGAUCAUUACCUCCAAUCUUACCGUCUCGGUGUUUGCCAACACGGUCUACCUCUCGUGCAUGGCCUACAUCAACGGUGCCCGUGGUGUCGAGAACAUCAAGAGGGCCGUCAAGGCUGCUUUCUGGCCUGUGAUGCGAGUCACCUGGACCACCAGCCCUAUCACCAUUGCCGUUGCGCAAAACUACUUGCCCGCUGUCGUGUGGGAACCCUUCUUCACUUUCAUCAGGUUUAUCCUCGCAACAUACUUCAACACUGUGGCUAAGAAGAAGCAGAUGAAGUUGGCUCGUCAGGCAAAGCAGACCAACCUUGAUGGCGAUCUUGCUAAGGGUGCCGCUCAGGGCAAGUAA